AUGGUGGUUUAUUAUCCACAUCCUAAGUUAGCUAAGGAACAUAAAACUCUCGUUUAUACUGGGAGUCGGUCUAGGGAGCUUGCGAACUCCGUGGCCUCUAAAUUGGGCCUCAAAUUGUGCGACUUUCGACUCUCCAGGUACGCCGAUGGAGAAAUAGACAUAGAUAUGGGCGACGAUUUGUACAAUGCCAACGUUCUCAUUGUGCAUUCCACGCAGCCGCCUGCCAAUGACACCUUAAUGGAGCUCUUGCUCAUGGUGUCGACCGCCAAAAGGGGCGGAGCCAGUAGCAUCACUGCCGUUGUGCCCUAUUUGUGCUACGCCAGACAGACUGAUAAGCAUACAAAGGGCUCUGCCAUUUCAUCGGCUGAUGUUGCCUUACUUCUUCAGGCCGUCGGACUUCAGCGGCUCAUUACUUUGGACAUUCACUCAGUGGUCUGCUCUGGCUUCUACACUACCACUCUGUUCGAAUCUCACCUGGUCCACUCCGUCGCCGUUAAAUAUUUCAUUGACUUGAAUUUAAAUAACGUGGUCGUGGUCGCCCCUGACGCUGGAGCUCAGAAGAGGACCGUGCACUUCAAGGACGAGUACAACUCGCACUUCGCCAAGAGGCCCGAGUUGAUGGCCGACACUGCUCUCGUGUACAAGACAAGGCCGCAGGCCAACAAGGUCGACUCCGUGUACAUAAGUGGCUCCGUUGAGGGUAUGAACGUGAUUCUGGUUGACGAUAUGAUUGACACUGCCGGCACCAUCGUCAAAAGCGCCGAAUUGAUUAAGGAGCGCGGCGCUUUGAGGGUAUUCGCUUUCGUCACACACGGCUUAUUCUCUGGACCGGCCCUGGAAAGGCUAAAUAACUCCCAGUUUGAGAAGGUGGUUGUCACCAACUCCAUACAGCAGUCUCCUGCUGUUCUAGCCUCUCCAAAAAUACAUGUUUUAGACGUAUCUGACUUUCUAGCGAACUUGCUAAGACCAUAA